AUGGAAAGUGAAUAUGAUAUGAUAGCAUUAACUGAGACCUUUCUUACGAGUUCAGUGUCCAAUGGUGAACUCUUUCCUCCGGGUUUUCAUGUAGUUCGUAAAGAUAGAACUGGUGAUUGUGGAUGGGGAGGAGUUUUGCUCGCGAUUCGUGAUCGUUAUAAUGUUAAAAUAGUUACGGAUAUUGUUAGUAUGACUGAUGACAAAGAAUUAAUAUUUGCAAUUGUGACAUUUAAAAAUGUAAAAGUUUUAUGUUGUGUCGUAUAUCUGCCACCAAAUUAUAAGGAUGAGCAAUAUUUGAAUGUUUUGACAUGUAUAGAAAAUGUGAUUUGUACUUACCCUGACCUAAAUGUUCUAAUCCUAGGUGACUUUAAUUUAAACUCUUGCAGUACCAAUAUAAAGACUUCUUUUGACUUUUUUUGUGAAUUCUGCUCGCUUAAGCAAUAUAAUACAGUCUUAAAUAAUCGCGGUGGUAUGCUGGAUCUGGUGCUGGGCAGUUUUGAAGCUAAACAGAUAGUGGUAUCUCUCAGUGAAGAUCCUCUGGUAAAUAUCGAUCAGUACCAUCCUAUGCUCGAUAUAAAUAUUACAUUUCCGGGCUUUUGGAUAGCAUCGAACGUGUCAUCUUUGCAGCAAGUGACACCUCGCUCGAAUACCAAUAUAGAUUGGAACUGGCGUAAGGCAGAUUUUCAGGGUCUAUAUAGGACUUUGAUUGAAAUAGACUGGUCUGAUUUGUUAACAAUAAGCGAUAUUAACUGUGCUGUACAGCUGUUCUAUGAUAAGCUAUACGAAAUUAUAAAUCUGUUUGUGCCUAUUAAAAAACAAUUAUCAAACAAUCAGCGAUACAUAUAUCCAAACUGGUACAACGUAGAAAUAAUAAAAAAUAUAAAAAACAAACACUUUCAUCAUAAGCAAUUCAAAAAAGAGGGCAAAGAAUUUAAUAAGGCUAUGUUUAUAUAUUAUAGAGAAAAAGUUAAGAAAUUGAUUGACUGCGAAUACCGGAAAUAUAUGACUGUACUACAAAAAAAUAUCAUUGACGAUCCUGUGCAAUUCUGGAAAUAUGUAAAGGAGAAGAAAAACAAUAGAAGUAAACUAGAGUACGGAGCUGUUAUCUGGAAUCCUUACGAAGAGAAAUACGUUCUAAUGAUUGAAAAAAUACAACGUAAAUUUGCUCGAUGGAUAUAUAAGAAACAGUACGGAUACUAUCCCUACUUAUACCCUUCCUUAUUCGUGUCUGACCUGCAGAAGGCCUUUGACUGUGUUUCCAGGGAGAUGAUCUGGUGGGCGUUGCGAUCGAAGUUGGUACCAGAGACCUACGUGGAAAUCGUACGUGACAUGUACCGCAACUCCGAUUCAAUAGUCAGGACCGCUGUUGGUGAUACCACCCUCUUCUCCAUAACCGUAGGCGUGCAUCAGGGCUCCGUCUUAAGCCCCUAUCUCUUCAGUGUGAUAUUAGACGAACUGUCAGCCAGCGUACAGAAACUACCGCAGCCUUGGCUGCUUAUGUACGCUGAUAAUAUCGCACUGGUAGAUGGGGACAAAGGACGGCUCACCAGACGCGUGCACGCAUGGAGGGAGGCGCUUGAGAACGGCGGGCUGAAGCUAAACGUGGCGAAGACGGAGUAUAUGGCCUGCAACAGCACAGAUCUAAUGUCUCUCCUUAUAGGCGACGACACCGUCGAGCGCACGGACAACUUCAGGUACCUCGGAUCUGUGCUUGAUGCGUCCGGGGACAUCGAUCGCGACAUCAAGGCCCGUAUAUCAGCGGCUUGGGCGAAAUGGCGCGAGAUCGAGGAACCCAGCCAUAGGAAAAACAGCGGCACAUUUUUAGUACCAAUGAAUGGCGGUAUUUGGACUAUGUGCGUGUCGUUGGAAGAAGAGGAAGUAACUAUACUAUCGAGAGUCGGCUUUCCGACGGAACCGCUAUGCACAAAUUACUUAGCAAAUAAUCAAGAUGAAGAAAUUAGAGCAGAUUGGCAGCAUCGAAUGCAGAAUCUGUCGAUAUCGUGCGCGCUGGUGUGCCUGAUAGUGCUCGGCAGCGCAGCGCUAGUCGGCGCUUUCGGUGUCUGUAAGCACCAGAUCAGCGCUGUGCUCGUAACCGGCGUCAUGUACUUGUUAGCUGGUCUAUUCGCUAUGUUCACGCUUAUGAUAAUCCACUUUAAGCGGAUGCAACGCGUAUCGACCCGCAGUAGUCCACACGGGGAUGAUACAGCAGACGGCGUAGUCGGCCCUCGUGCACCAGCAUUACCGCUCCUUUCAGCUAGAGAGUUCACCACAUCCUGGUCGCUUGAACUGGGUUGGGGUGGCGUAGCAUUAGCUACCACCACAUCGCUUCUUUGGAUACUGUUGUCCAAAAUAAUGAGAUACAACCCUAUAACUGCUAUGCUGUUAUAA